ACUGGAUAAACACACGUCCCCAUCCAUCGACACACAUGUUCUAAGCGCCCGAUCGGUCCCGCCAGCCAUGUCCACGGGUUCUAUUAGCGACGUUGACGACUUUCAGGAUGCAGAGCUCUUGGAUGGUCUUCUGAAGUUCGGCUCGGGGAAUAGCUCUGCCACAUCGCACGAGAGCGCAGAGGAAAGCUCCAAUUGCGAGGGCGCGGGCGCCCCAGAACAUACCGGAACCGCCACAUCUGCAAAACGAAGGAAAACUUCAAAUUCGCGGAAGUCCGCACCUAACGGCGUAGCUCAUGAGGGCAAACAGGUCCAGAGAAAUGCGGCCAACGCCAGGGAAAGAGCGAGGAUGCGCGUGCUCAGCAAAGCCUUCUCGCGGCUGAAGACAACUUUACCGUGGGUGCCAGCGGACACUAAACUCUCCAAACUGGACACAUUACGUUUGGCCUCCAGCUACAUAGCACAUCUCCGACAAAUACUGGCCAAUGACAAAUAUGAUAAUGGAUACAUCCAUCCUGUUAAUCUGACUUGGCCUUUCAUGGUGGCGGGGAAACCGGAGAAUGAUCUGAAAGAGAUGCUCAACUCCCCUCGAUUAUGUGGUACAACGGCAUCCUGAGCUUUUCAAAAGGACUUUCCAAAGACUGGGACAUAAUUUUCAAAUUCUCUACCUUCUACUAUUUGUUAUCAUCAUCGUCAGCAACGGCAUGUCAUCUCCUUUGAAAGUGACACGAGUGGGAAUAACUGGGGGUUAACCUCACGCGCAUUCCUGUAUGAAGAAUUUAUGAUUUUAUAUUUAAAAAAUCGUAGGCUAUUAUAUGGUCCCGCUGGUUCGGGAUGUGCAAUUUUGUAUAACUCUUCUCUCAAUUUUGACUUGUUUGAUUUUUAUGUUGUCCAUUUUGUAUUUGUAAACAAGAGUUUUCUGAACGCUUUUUAAAUGAUAUAGACAGUAGCAUCUCAACGCCGGACUGCUACUGUCACCUGCUUAAAAGCACACGACAUUCACAGUGUCUCCCAUUUACAAAUAGAAAUAUUGCAAAUAAAAGGCAAUUGUUAUCUUGCAAU